UAAAAUUCAUUGGCAAGACCACACCCCAGAUACGGAGGUACUUUCCCGUGCCAACAUGCCCAGCAUUCACACCCUCAUAGAGAAAGCCCAAGCAAGGUGGGCAGGACACGUCCGACGGAUGAACGACAGCCGCAUACCCAAAAUGCUGCUGUAUGGGGAACUGGCUGAAGGCAAAAGGCUAGCGGGCCGCCCCAAGCUCCGCUUCAAGGACAGCCUCAAGGCAACUCUGAAGAGCCUCAGCAUUCCUGUCGAAAACUGGGAGGACGCUGCCACUGACCAUCACCAGUGGCGCAGACUAGUCCACCAGGGCGCCGAGCUUGCUGAGCGUCGUCGCAUCAGCCUGGCUGUCAGUAAGCGGGAGGCACGAAAGGCGAGGGAGAAAAACCCGUCUCUGCAACCACUACCUGAGCACAAGUGUGACGUCUGCGGCAGGUGCUUCCGGGCUAGAAUUGGGCUCGUCAGCCACACCCGGACACACAAGGACUGAAGUUGGGGUCAUCAUCGACUGCGAUGGAC